AAAAAAUGGCUGAUCCAGACAAGCAAUAACUUCCUUGUUUUUAAAACAAUAAACAUCAUGUAGCCGUAAACCUUCUAGAAACCUCGGCGCCAACCAGUAGUUUCCUUACCAAAAACAUAUCCAGCUAGAUGUAGUAUACCAGAAUCAAGUAGUUUUAACUAGACUUACUGUAUUGCAGCAUCGAACUGUUAUUAUAUAGAUCUAUUAAUUACCGAAUCUAAAAUUAAAUACUGAAAAUACCGCUAGUACCAUCUCAUUCUAAACUCUAAUCAAAUUAUUUUAGCAUAGGUUAGUAAUAGUAUUUAGACCCAAAAAGCUAACUACUGAUUUUCGCAAGCAACGAUACUUUAAGCGAAAGAGAUUAAGCUUUGACAAGUGCAGUGUUUGAGAACUCAGGUUGAAGAAGAGCAACUAAAGCAAGCAACUGGCUAGAAAGAAAUGGACUAUUUACCCUGCAGGACGGAUUAAAGAUCUUUCUCUAGCCACUGACCCGCCCAGAGUGUACUGACGUGCUGUGAGAUUCCACCUGCACCGUGCUCAACAUGAUCCAAGCUAGAUCAACGCGAGUCUGUGUCUCCAGCUCAAAUCUCUACGACACGACCGAUAGCAACGGCUAUCACGUGACCUCCAGGGGCAAAAAUGACUCCUCAGUCAAAUGUUUUGAUGACAUGACAGGGGCGGGCUCAAGAUGGCGCAGGACUCCGUGCUACCACGUGUCGCCGGUGGUGGCGAAAUAUCACGUGAACUACAAGGAAGGCUGGAGAAUCAGCCGCGACCGCUCGGCCGUCACCCAGUGGCACGCCACUAACACCAAGGCCUGUCAGCUGACACACUCUAAGGAAUGGCAGGUGGAGCACAUGUCCAGGUGGCACCUGACGUCACUGGCCGGCUGGCACACCACCCACAUGCCCGGAUGUUACUUCAGCCACCAGACGGGAUGGCCCGUGAUGCACAUGUCCCGGUGGAGCUUGAAACGCACCACGAGGGUCGACCAAGGCGGCUCUGGCUGUGUUGUGCGGGCCAGUCGCCAUGACCCCGGGGGUAGGUCGCGAAGGAAGAGACCGACGAUCCAGGAGGGUAAGAAAAGGGAACGUCUUACAGGAAGCCAGAGACGCCGGGACCUAAUGAACACGUCAGCCAACAACCAGGCCGCCAGCCAUUACAGGACUUCCAUUCGAUCAUCUCAUAAACUACGGCCAAGUCAAUCUCAUGUCUGUUUAAUCGAUCCACCCAAUCAACCUCAGCUGCUGUAUCGAUCUCCCCCCAAAUACCAAGACGUCGCCACGGAAACAAACAAUUCAAGUAUCAAGACUUUUGAGAGCUCUGACCUUAACCUGAGUUCCUCCCCUGCAGAAACCAAACUCCCGUCUCCUCCACGAGAUCGCUACAGGUUCUCGUCUUCCGAGUUCUCCGGGAAACCGUUCUCGAGCAGCCACUACAACAGCAACACGUGGCGAGAUGCCGUGUCGCAGGCCUACCGCUCCGGCCUGUCCAGGUCCUGGGGAGACUCGGCCAUCUCGUCCUCCUGGCUGGACAGGGUCAACCACUCGUGGCAGAGCAGGACGUCGUGCAGCUAUCGCGAGGACGUGUCGUUAGCGUACUGUGCCGUGUUUACACAGGGGGCCGACGUCGUCCCCGAGAAGCUCCGUAUGAAGUUAAGAUAAGCUCAGCUUCUCGGUCAGUCAUUUAGUCAGAUAAGCUCCGUAUCUAGUUCAGAUAAACUUUGGAUGCUGUUCAGAUUAGGUCGUCUUCUUGAUCUACUAAUUUCAAAAUGCUUUUAAAAUGUGAUAGGCUGAUAAUAUUUACUUUCGCUUGAUCCUAUGCA